CAACCGUCGCACGGCGUCGCAAGCUCCUCUGUGACUCCCCGGCACGUUCGCCAAGGGAGGGAAGGAGCGAAUGCGCACGGCCCAUCCAGAGCGCGCCGAGAGCACAACUGUAACAACCGCUCUUAGAAUGUGCAGGCCAGGGGCAAAUCUCCGGCGAAUGACUGAAUUGAAACAUGCAACCAAAGAUCUUCUCAUGCCCGGUGAAGAGAGGUGUUCACCGUCUUAUCACGAGGCGUCCCAGCACUCGUGGAAGCGGCUUCGCACACCAAACACUUAGUUUGCCAUCCCCUACUGAAAGGUGACCACUUGAAUACAAACGCGAGCGAGGUAGACUUAGCGAGCGGUCAGUGCCGGUAUCGUGCAUGUUCAUAAUCACGAGAGCAAGCCCGUGCGCAAACCGAGCAGGGCGCUGCUGACACGAAUGACUCGCCAAAGAUAUACUGAAACGUGUGAGAAUACGUGCUCUCCCCGAAAAAAGCCAGCCGCAAUCAACAAGUUACGGGCCGUCGAGGGUCGUCGCACUGUGUAGCACUUACGUGCGCCUCUUAUCUCCGCGUGCCCGAUUUCUUAUGGUGGGUGCCGGCGUGCCCGCUGUGCGUACCUCGCGGAGGUCACAGAGCGACACAGCAGGGCUGGUUCAUCGAAUUCAACUGUAACUACGUACCGCCACGAGACCGGCCAAUCACGAGCCCUCUCGGUGCUGAUCCUCUCGAAAGCGUCGUGCCGAAGUGUGCUUCAGUUGUUCGACAUCGCCUGCAAGCGCGUUCAGAAUUCCACAUCAGAACAUAACGUGAAAAUAUGUCUGUUGAUCCGACGGCGCGCGGUACUGCCCUCAGCCGGCUUGAACGAUCCAACGAGGAGGAGAAGAAUCAAGAGGAGGAGGAGGAGGAGGAGAAGAAGGGAAGGACAAGACACGACACCGCCUCAGAAGUUCUGAGGUCGAACGACCGCUUGGCCAGGCGCACUCGCGCGCGCUGCAGGAGCACGAGCCUCUGCACGCUGCGCGUGCGGACGCGGGGACCGCAGGCAGGAGGAGCAGGCUGUACAUUCGCCCUCUGCCCGCCCACGCUCUCAGGGAGGAGGAGGAGGAGGGAGGAGGAGAAGGAGGAGGAGAGGCGGAGGAAGCUCACAGGGAUGAGGAGCAGCUGCUGCUGAAGCCACCACGCCUCACAUAACCUCGUACAGCUGCUCGGGCUCGGCGAUCCCGCGGGUGCGGCAGUAGCGCGCAAAGUGGCUCGACAUGGAGGCGAGGAGCUCGAGGAGCAUCCUUGACUUGGGCCGAGCUGCAGUGCGGCGUGGCUCCUGCAGCUGAGCGCGACCUGGAGCGGCACGUCCGCCUCCUGCGCCUGCGAGCCCCCGUCCUCCUCUUCGCA